GGACAUGAGGGGGUGUCGGGCAUGAGGAGGAGACACCCCCCACCAGGCGCCGGGUGCAGCCGGGGGUCGCGCAGCCAGGCUGGGGGUGCACCACAACCAGCACCACCACUGUGACCAGCAGCAGCACCAUCACCACCUGCAGCGUGACCAGCAGCACCACCACCACGACCAGCAGCAGCAGCAGCAGCACCACCAGCAGCAGCACCAGCAGCCAAAGCAGCGCUGCGCAGCCUGCCCCGGAUGCUGGGGGUGGGAGGGCUGUUGUCGAAGACGGGUAACCGCACGCGUCUUCUUGGCUUCGACGUGCCCCCGAUCGCUCUUGCGGUAUGAUUAAGCGCCGUAUCCGCUAGUCUGCGGUAGGGAGGGUGCAGAAGCAAAGUGGGGCAUCUCGCUGAGAGCUGGAUGGUGCGCAGCUGGGUCCUGCUAGGCUGCACUGAUACCUGUCAGUGUUAGCACGUUGAGGUUUGCGAAGAGGGAAUCUAGGAUAGCGUGGUCCUUGUUUUAGUUGGUAAAAGGCUUUUAUAUGCUUGGCAUCAUGAAAAGCAUGCAACUUGCUGAGAAGGGUUCACAUUGGACGGUCUGGAUCACCUGGAUCUAUUUCUGCCAUCUCCAACUCAUGGUGGGGGAACGUUUGUUAAAGCCCCUGGCUUGUGUGAGAGGCUACUGGGCUGCUUGUAAGCAUAUGGUGUCCACAGUUAGCCUUCGAGUUCUGGAGCACCAGAGGAGGGUUCAGUAGUUACCUGCAUACGAUAGCAAGGAUCCAGCAUACUCCUUUAGUUUUGGUUUAUCCAAAAAAACAAUCAGCACUCAUAAUGAAAACAUGAACAGCACUGUGUUCUGCUUGUAGACCAUAGGCAUCAGUAUUAAUCCCAAUUUUGCUGUAUCUCUGAGGAUGCAGCAGUUUGCUUAUAUCCUUUUCAGCUAAUCCUUUCCAGUUGAGGUUCCUGCCAAAUACACAAGUACCUACACGUGUUUAUCUCUUCAGAUUAAUUUUUUAUACGAGUACUAUUUAUAGCUUAUGCAGACCCAUCACUUGUCUAGACUAGUUUCUGGCUUUGAACUAUCGAUACCUGACUUACCAAGUGAAAAUUUUCAAAUUCAUAUUCUCUGAAUGUGGUUAUCUCCUGCUCCUGAAGAAGUGGGUGUUGCGAAUACAGCUGCAGUUUCACAACCUGAAAUUGUCAGCCAACCUCACUGGAAACAAGUACCAAAUCACUAGCCAGAGACUGGCAAUACUCAUACCUCUUACAGUAUUGCUGUUAGCAUGGACAGAGGACUUUUGUUAAUUCUCUAGCACAGACAGCCAGGUUACGGUCCGGUGAGGAUGCUGUCUUGUUCUCCCAUAUUCGGUACUGUGGUCAGUCCAAGCAUGAUAGAUGCUCAGAUAGGGAGAGCCUCAACUGUGGUUGAUGUCAGCGUUACUCUUUCUUCUCACGCCCUGCCAAGGCUCAGAAUGUGGAUGGAAAGAUUCAGGGCUCACUUGGCUGUGUUCUUACAGGUGAAGGCACAGCCUAAGAUUACUGACUUAUCUCACUGCUUUGUAUCAUUUUCAUCUCGAUCUCUGACCUAAAGAGUCAGCAGUGCAUGCCAUGCUGCAGCCACUUGACCUGGAGCACUAAUGAAUUUAAAGAAUGGGCUCGUCAAGGACAAGGUGCUUUACCCACGCACAGCUCUUUGCCAAGGGCUUACCUGAUCUUGGUUGGCUAUUUAACAGAUGGAAGGCAAGAGGACAAAGAGAAGUUGGUAGAUGGUUGCCUAUAUGUGAAAGACAAUACUGGGAUAAUCCCUUGUGAGCUCCUGCAUUUUGAACUGGAGUGGCUGGAAUCACUGUUCCUCUUCCCAAGCUGGGCAUACAUACUGCAGACAGACCAGGGUGCAGCAGGGUACAUAGAAAUCCUGUUGGAUCCCAUACCAGUAAAUCUCCUCCCGAAGAAAGUACCUGACAGCACUGCAGUCAUCUACCCGGCAUCGGCUGAGCCACUGCUUGCCUCCAGGAUUCCGUGUAAGAGAAGACCAAAGCUCAACGUGGCAGGUGAAUUGGCCAGGCUCAGCCCUCUCCUUUGUAUUCACCGGAAGACAUUCUUCUUUCUCUUCCUGAAGUGCUUCACCUCAGCUGUUAGGGUCCCUGUGCUGGUGCAGAAGCCCAGCCAGCUGGCAUGGCACCAUGCUCUCCAGUUGGGUCACAGGUACACAGUAACAGGCCUGAGUAUGUCCAGCCUGAAGAAAUCUGGGCAAAGGAUGUUUGUCACUGGUGUUUCUUCCUGCCUUCUGCCUUACUGUGCAGAGCAGGUAAAGGAGCAGUCAUUGGACAGUGCUUGGCAAGGAGAAUCCUCUCUGUCUGCUUCCCUUGAGACCACAGAGCAGCUCAGUGACUCCUUAGAAUUGAGAGUUGAAGAGGAGAGGCUAGGAUCAACCAAAAAGUCCAAGAUGAUCUCAUAUGUGGGAACCGUCACCAAAAUACUCAAUGCCCAAGCUGGUCUCUAUGAACUUGAUAACAAAGUCUGCUUGUGCCUUGCUUACCAGCAGUUGUUGAACUCUGCACGUGGACUGCGACCAGGAGCAUGUGUGGAGCUCAUCGAUGUCCACCUCAUACAGAAGCCUGUGGUGUCCUCUCCUUCCAUUGUACUUGGUGCUUGCCUGAACAGCACUGUCACGCUGAAGAGUUUUUCAAGGCUCAGCACCCCUUACCAGCCACCGGCCACUUCAGGAAAUCUCUACUUACAGCUGCUCUUCCGCUAUAAUCUCGAUAUGCCAUGCUACCUCUGGCUGGUGAGCCUCCUGGAGACGUUUGAGGGGAGGUUUUCUUGUUUCUUUGGGCACCAGCAACUGUUGCGUAGCUCAGUACACCAAAACCCUGGAGCUGCAGAGAAGUUCCUUGUCCCCCUUCUGCAAGCUGUGGUACCUGGCAGAGAGGAAACAAGAGAUAUCGAUAAUGAAAUCCUAGCAAAAACACACCAGUGUCCACUGAAGAAGUAUCUGACCCUGGAUCCCCCAUGCCAGAUCCCAUCUCUGUCCGCACUGCAUCACGUGGCAGAACAGAAGAGCUGGGAAGGCUUCUGUCCCUCGCAGCUGCUCUCCCCCUUGGAGGCACAACACAUGGGCACCCAGGAGCUGAAUCGCAGGCUGGCCUGGUCCUACUGCACGCUCUGGGCAGGAAGUUUCCAGCCCCGACUGAUAGUACAAGGUGUGCUGAGAGUCUCCUCUAGGAGCAGUUUGCUCCAGCUGCAGGACAACAGCAGCAGACUUCCCUGUGUGAUAUCCCACAGGGAUGGGAGCCCCUUUGCCAAUACAGCUCUCAUAGGAUCACUCUUGCAGGUGGAGAACUAUCAGCUUGUAGUGGAAAGAUUCAUUCAGAGUGAUUUUCCCUCCUGGGAGCAGCUGGCAAAUCCAGAGUAUGUGAGGGAGAAAAAAAGCAGUGUCUACGUGCAGUUCUACUUUGAGGAUGUUCAGGUUCUCCGUGCUGCGGAUGGACAAAUCCAGAAGGAUUGUAGGGGUGAAAACAGCACCUCUUUGAGGAAAAGGAAUGAUGGCAGCUCAGCAUCUGAGCUGGAAACCCCAGAGGCAAAAAUGCUGAAAUUGGAAGAUCCCAAGCCAGAUCCUGACAGAGAUGAGAGCUGUCAGAAGGGCCUGAGCAGCACUGGAAGAACCAGUUGUGUAUCUCACCUGUUCUUGGUUACCCAGAAAGAGGGUCUGAUGUUGCGCAAUUACCAACUAGCCAGAGAAGGAGGUGGAGAAAGACAUGAGCUACAGCGUAGCUUUCAAGCCACGGUUCUGUGGCUGGGCAGACCUGUGCUGUGGAACCACCCCAGAGAGAUCAGGAACCUACCGGCUCUGGAGGAGAUCAGCUACGAUGGAGAAGAGGGCACGAAACAGCAAGAAGCGCUACUGCUCUUUAUGGGGAAGUCGCUGCAAUGGUUUCCAUUUCUGCACCUGGAUGGGCUGUAUCGUUUCAUUGUGCCCCGCUGCUCGGACUUGGAAGUGUUUGACAAGCUCAGAUUUCCACCUGUGCCAGCAGAGUUCUUGGGCAGGUCAUCUUGCCCCUUAUGCCUGCCUGUCCAAGAUACCUGGCGCUUGCAGCAUGAGACAUGGCUCUCCGGCCCAGCCGAGCACCAGCUGGCAGCCAGGGCAGUGCUGACGGGCAUGGACCAGAGAAUUUCCUCCAUUCCAGAAAUACUUAGCAACAGUUUCAGAGGUUCCCUUGUUUCUUUCUCUGGUGAGAUAGUGGAGAGGAUCUUGUGUGCCUCUCCUAAGAAUGAGAAGCCGUCUGUGACUCUCAGCCUUCUAAAGCAGAAAGGGAGUCUGCUAGCCAGCGAUCACAGCGUGAAGCUCAGCAUCUCAGUUGCUCCAGGCUCCCCUGUUGUGCUGGACGUUUACAUUGCUGCGACCUAUAUGCAGCAUCUGUGGGGUUUGCUUCGUGGAGCCAAGAUCCUCUUCCAGAACUUGGAACGCAAAAUCUCCAGAUUCCACAAUGUGUAUUGCACGUACAUUGCCUCCAGCUGUGUGACCAUCCUCUCCCUGCCAGCUUCUCACCUACUUCUUCCUUCCAGUCCUGCAGGAAAAGCCUCAUCCCCCUCACUAGUGUUUCUAUCCAACUUGCAACUUCAUCUACAAAACCUGCCCCAGGCACGGAUUUUAUGCCACUUGUCCUGUGUGUUGACCCUGUCCCUGCAGUGGGUUUGCUCACUUUGCAGCAGCAUCUUCAAAGAGGGGAAGUGCACCCGACACAGUCCACCCUGCCCAUCACACACUGGAGUGAGGCAAGCCAGUGCACGGGUGCUGGUGGAGGAUGGAACGGGCGAAGCUUUGGUGCUGUGCAGGAACCAGCACGUGGCGGCGAUGCUGGGCUUGAGCCUUCUUGAUUGGGAAGCUGUGCAGAGCUGCGUGCAGAGCAGGGGCAGAGUGUCCGUUCAGUACGGGGAAGCUACUGGUACUGGGUGUGCAGAGGAUCCCGAGGAUCCCAUCGCUUGCUACCUGAGGAGCCUUUGCAGGAGUCCUCUCAUCUGCCGCCCCAUCCUGCUGGAUUUCAGCCUAGACAGGAAGCCCUCCAAGAUCCUGCAGCCUGCUCCACUGCAGCUGAGAAAUUUUCGGAGUGGUGAAGUUGAGUUUGUGUCACAAAUGGGACCUCGACAGAGCCUGUUGUGCCUGAACGUGGAAGAAGUGGAACAAAAAGCCUUGUGCUAUCUGACCAGAGAGAGGAUUGGGAGGACGCCAAGUCACUGCUAAGCGGGAGCCAUGGCUUAACAUCUCCCCCAGUGGGAGGUGAGUUAUGGAAAUACUUCCUGGAAUUAGGAGCUUUAUUCUUUACCCUUUUCCAGUGGGAGCACAGGCUGGCGAGCACAGCAUGAAGGGUGUAAUCAAGAAGCUGCUGGGACUUACACAAUUCUUGAGUUCUGGACCAUUGCCACCAGCCAUUUUGGACUAUGUUUUGUGGGAGAGGUGUUCAGUGUCUCCUGCAUGGUAGUCAUUGCUCUGGGCCUAAGGCACACAAUGUGUGUAUUUUAUGUUGUAGUAUCUACUAAAUAAAGCUAUUAAAAUACAGU